AUGACCGCAACCAAACGAAAGGCAGCCGAGGAAGCUCGGAGGCAGCUGAAGAGGAUACAUCUAUCUGAACCGGCAGGUAUGCUACCACCGCCGCAUUAUGGCUGUGGAAUUCAACCGUUAACGCUGUCAGGCCAAGAUGAAAUACACGAUUCCGACGCCAAUUGUGAUUCCUCUUCCGUCGUUGACGAGAUGGUAUGCUCGGAUGAUGAACUGCAUGCGACACCAUUGACGCCCUUUUCACCUGCUUCCUCGAAAUACCCAUCUGAGCUGAAGACUCACCUCUGUCCUUACUCCGGCUGUGACAAGGCUUUCAACCGCCCGGCGCGGCUUACUGAGCAUAUACGUUCGCAUACCAACGACCGGAUCUUCGCCUGUACCUACGAAGGAUGCGAAAAGAGCUUUCUUCGAGCCUCUCAUCUCAAUCAUCAUAUCAAGAGCGCGCAUACCCUUAUAAGAGACUAUGUAUGUGAGCGUGAAGGGUGCGGAAAGGCGUUCGCUACAGGGUCAAGGCUUAGGAGGCACCUUGCAGCCCAUGAAGGGCGGGAUAAAUACACAUGCACUGAAAUAGCAGAAGGGAGUGGGAAACAGUGCGGAGAGUCAUUCAGGAAACAUUCCACUUUGUUGAAGCAUGUCAUGACCGCUCACCUGAAGAAGAGGCCGUUUCCCUGCCAAGCUACACUUGAUUCAGGUGAGACUUGUACUGCUGCAUUUGAUACGGCAGGCCACCUGAAGGCCCACGAAAGCAGGGUACAUGGAGAGGCACGGUUUACUUGCACGGAGUGCAUUGGCAAUGCAGGGAAUGAAGAAGGAACGGGAGAGGGAAAGGCAUAUAACUUCGCAACCUAUGCCCUGCUACAAUCACACAUGCGCUCCGUACAUCCUCCGACCUGUCCUAGCUGUGCCCAUAUAUGCUCGUCGGCAAAGGCCCUACGUCGGCACAUGGAGAUUUCUCAUGGGACAGUGUCUGUGGAGGAUCGUCGGACCUAUCCCUGUCAGCACCCAGGGUGUGAACGCAGUUUUACGAAAAAAGGCAAUCUCAACGUCCAUGUCAAGACGGUGCACGAGGGCGAGAAGCGCUUUGCCUGCGGCGAGACCGACCUCUCCACGUCUAAGAAAGUGGGCGGGUGGAAUGGGAUGGAUGCUUGCGGGAAGAGGUAUGGAAGUAAGCUUGCUCUGGAAGAACAUGUGAGGACAGCACAUAUGGGAUUUCGGAAUGCGAGGGCCGAGAGGAAGGCCAGAGCUGGUACUCUUACGGCUACCAACACAUUGGAAUCUGGGUCAAAGCGUACUGGCCCAUCUAACGUCGCUCUGCUUACAGGCCAAGGGUACGCUGAGGAGUCAGGUAAUCGGCAUAUACCGUGUCUACUAGCUGAGUGCGAGCAUAGAUUCUACCGGGACUAUGAUCUCUGGCUGCACAUGGACGCAAAACACGGAAUGGAUGAGAAUGAAAUCCAGCUUCUUUUUAUGCAGCGAGCCAUGCAGGGCGGGAACGAGAGCUUUGACAGACCUUCAUUCCAGUAUGAGAUGGACACGAUUGGGAUGGGCGUCGACGAGAUUGGCGCUACUACUGGUGGUGGUGGUAGUGGCAGCAGCGGCCUUAUCGACGAUCUGGAGGGCAGAUAUACAUAUUUGCGACCCGAUGCUAGUGUCGAUGAGAUCAUGGCAAGCCACGACGAUGUCCAGGAACGGGGCAAGGACGAUCGUUCAGGCGGGUUGGGCGACCUUGUUGACCCGCUUCUGACGUACACUUGCCUGGAGUCGUGA